UAGGAGGCUAUUGUCGUGAAGGACUUUUCUCAUAAGCAGUACUGGGCGUUCUGAAGUCGUUCUAUAAGCUGCUAAAAUGAAUCUCCGGAAGCUCCGCAGUUCGAGCUGGAUUUAUCCCACUGCCAUUCUCUGCCUCUACGGGUUCUUUGCAAACUGUAGGCCUGCUGAACCUUUUUUGACUCCGUAUCUGGUGGGACCCAAGAACAUCUCAGAGGAAGUGGUGACAAACUACCUCUUCCCCAUCUGGACAUACUCCUACUUGGCCCUCCUCUGCCCAGUGUUUCUGCUGACAGACUUCCUACGCUACAAGCCUCUGAUUGUGCUGCAGGGGGCUGCCCUGGUCACCAACUACUGCCUGCUAAGCUUCACGGACAGCCUGGCCGCCAUGACAGCCCUGCAGGUAAACUACGCCGUGGUGACCUCCACGGAGGUGGCCUACUUCUCUUCCAUCUACUCCCUGGUCCCUCCUGAGCACUACCAGAGGGCCACAGGCUACCUCCGCGCUGCCAUGCUCACUGGGUACACAUUUGGUGCCACCCUCAGUCAGCUGCUGGUGUCUCUAGCGGGUACAAGUCUGUUUCACAUCAAUGUCAUUACACUGGGCAUGGUGAGCAUCUCUUUACUGGUGUCCAUGUUUGUGCCCAUGCCCCAGCGAGGCAUGUUCUUCAAGGGGGCAAAUGGGAAGGGAGACGGUCGGGAGAAGGAAGUUGAGAAACAGACCUCCAGGAGCAAGGUGGAGAAGAGAGGCUGGUGUCAGGGAAACGGGGUCGUCGGCCAGAUGUGGGCUGCCCUGAAGGAGGCUUACGGCUCAGGGAGGGUGGUGUGCUGGUCCCUGUGGUGGGCGCUGGCCACAGCGGGCUACACACAAGUCUUUAACUAUGUGCAGUUGAUGUGGGACCACGUGGAGCCGUCCAGUUCAGCAGCCAUCUACAACGGCGGGGUGGAGGCCGUCUGCACUCUCGUGGGUGCAGCAGCAGCUUUCGGGGUGGGGCAUGUUCGUGUGGCAUGGGGUGUGUGGGGAGAGCUGUGUCUGGGCGUGUUCUCAGCUGUGGGGGCAGGGGCUGUGUUCCUGAUGGCGUUCACCAGCAGCAUCUGGGUUUGCUACGCUGGCUACGUGCUCUUCAAGGCGUCCUACAUGCUGCUCAUCACCAUCACUACUUUCCAGAUUGCGGCCAACCUGUCGAUGGAGUGCUUUGCUCUGACCUUUGGCAUCAACACCUUCAUCGCUCUCGCUCUGCAGACUGUCAUCACGGCGAUCGUUGUGGACGAGAGUGCACUGGGAUUGGAUAUUGUGACACAGUUCAUUGUCUAUGGGAGCUACUACACUGCCGUCUCCACAGUGUUUUUCAUCAAAGGACUGUAUACUGCCUGCAGUCCUCACUCCAGACCCUCACACCCAACACCACACACAGACGUCGUCUCCUCUCAGAGGCUGUGAUCUACAACAGGAAGCUGACAUGGCAUCACGCACCCAGAGGAAGUUGUCAUCAUAGACACUGACAGAGCUACUGGAAACUCUCAGGCUGGCUGAUUCCAAAUGUCUGGACCUUCUCACUUUCUCAUAGGCUGCUUCUGAUGAGGUCCAGAGGGAAAUAUUUAAAUUUCAAAGGAGGCCUGUGCAGACUUGUAAAGAUCUGGUGUAGAGCCUGACAGUAACAAUUUUACAAUAUAAUUAAAAACCGGUUUACUGUAUACUGUAUAAAACAAGUUUACUGUAGAUACUGUACUGAUAAUGGACGUCACAGUAAUGAGUGAUCUAACUUUUUAAGACAUGAUUCAUGUUAGUGAAAUGUUCACAGACUUGAUACUAAUUUACAUUACUUUAUUCUUAUUUUAUAUGCUGCUCAGAAUUGUAUUAUGCUGUGAGGUUUUGCAUAGGUACUGUGAUCUGUAAACAAUGUAUUUUGUAUUACUUUUGUUUGUAAAGAAAUGGUUGUGUACAAGGCAGGAUAGUAUGUGUGGACCAAUGUCCCCUCAGACUUAUCUAGGCUGUAUUCUGUAUUCUCACUAUAAUAGAAAAGGACAGACAUACACAAGGGCCAGGUUUCCCUUACUGAUAGAAAACGUCUACAUUUGGUAGGUUUCACUUUCAUCCUUGCCUAUUUCAGACCUUCAUUCAACUUGGUUAACAGCAGAGAACUACAUGGAGCAGUUGAUGUCAGUGUCGUCGUGUCAUCCAUAUAAGCUCGGAGGGGAGGUAACCUAGUAACGUCCAGCAGCCUUUCACCACCAACAACCCUUUUAGAUGCUCUUAUAAUUUCAUCAAUUGCCAUGGUGAAAGCAAAGAGUGAAACAUCCUGAGGAAAAGAUAUCCUACCUACCUACAGUUCUGCAAGAGGCGUCCGUCCUUUUGGCUGGUUUGGAUGGAAGAAAGAGACACGUCCCUGCAAAGCACAAGCUAACAUCCAGAGUUGACUCCCCACUUAGUCAAUGCUGGAAGAUUUCUCAUUUCAGUUGAAAGAUAAAUUCGGAAAACAUGUACAAUAUGAGACACUGCCAUCCAAAGCUUUUCUGAGAUUAAUUUAGUUCAUAAUUUCAAUAUGUGGUAGGCUAUGCAGUCAUGAACAUUUGAUUGAUUGAUACAUAAACUAUCACAUUGAGUCAUAUUGUAUUAUCAACAAAGGAUAACAUUUGAAAUGUGGUAGAAAUUACGAUUAAAAAAAACGGAUACAAAUAAGUAUGUUCCACAGUCAUGCAA